GAUGUUCACUGUUGUGACUGACAUAAGUUUCCGUAAAUAAAACUAUUCGUUCGUAAUCAUCACGCAAAACUAGUAACUUCUGCUUAACCAUUAUGUAACAGUGUACUCCAAGAACAACUUCUUAUCCAAACAACCUGCACCAGGCGGCCUUGAAUUAGAUAAUGUAAUAUCGACAUAUGUGUGAUGCCCAUCAGUUCGUAACUAACCACAGUAAUUUUCUGUUGAGUUUUCUCGAAAUGAUGAUGUUUAUAAGUGUUUUUUUAUUUGAACUAGUUGCUACAUUAGCAUCAGCCACAGAAUGCGAUGAACUCGGAAUUUUGAUAUACGAAGACUUGGGGUGUCUUCCAGAGUAUGGCAACGACACAGAAUGUCCUUUGAGAUAUGUUUGCAAAGGGCUAGAGAGAUCUCCUUCAAAUUGUUACUUUCGUGGAAAAAGUUACAAAGAUCGCGAGCAAGUUGACAGCAGCCUAACAAAUCCGUCUUGCGACGAGGGUUGUUUUUGUACGGCAACAGAUGAAGGAUCUAGUUUCAUAUGUGCUGUUCUAGAUUGUCCAGAGAAUCUAGGGGAUCCAGUGCGGCACGGUUGUUACAGAAGUUAUUCCUUGGACCACUGUUGUUCCAUUGGUCAAAAGUGCCCUCCUUUUGAUAAUACCGAAAAAUGUGAAGUCGAAGGCACGGUGUACAAAGAAGGAGAAAUGUUUUAUCCGUCUGACACUUGUCUGAAUUGUGUUUGUGGUAAGGGCUUUGAAGGGAAAUUCGAGGCACCAUUUUGCAAGCGAAGAAGCUGUGGGCAACAACUACGUAAUUCUGGGGGCAAAAUUCAAGCAUCAUGUGCACCAGUUUAUGGCAAAAAAUUCCAUAAGAAAGACCUGUGUUGUCCAGAUGACUGGAUAUGUCCCAAUGAAACUGAAACUAUCGAAGGUGAUGCUAAGUCAGAAGAGACAUGCAAAUUUGGAGAAAAAGAAAUAAAAGUUGGACAAUAUUUUGAAAGAUUAAAUUUUGAAGAUUCGUUUGGAUUCCACCAUAGUAAAAUUAAAUGUGAAUGUGUAAUUCCGCCUCUUAUGAAGUGUACUGACGUAGCAUAAUAAUUUUGUGCUAAACUAAAUGUACAUAUGUAUAAUUAUUGGAUAAUCUUUUAUUAAGAUUACCUAACUAUACUAUUAUUAGUUACUGAUUUAAUUAAAAGUUGCAUGUGUGUGUCAAUAUUAUAAAAAUCUUAGACUGCAUUGUAACUGGUAUUCGUUUAUGUUUAUGAUUAAUAUUCAUUUCGAGUCGACGUGAAACAGGUGUGUGUCGCUUAACGAAUCAUCCAGAUACUUAAGAAUCAACUUGAUCUGUUUGUCUCAUAUGUUACAAUAAAAGCAUAAAAUAUUG